AUGUUCGAUAAUGAGAUUACUGUAGAUGAUCCAGAUCUAGAUAUAUUUGGGGAUGGGAUUCCUGUAGAAGAUCCCACUCCAGGCAUAUCUGGUAAUGAGAUUCCUGUAAAAGAUCCCACUGCAGGCAUACCUGGGGAUGAGAUUCCUGUAGAAGAUCCAACUCCAGACAUAUCUGGUGAUGAGAUUCCUGUAGAAGAUCCCACUCCAGGUAUAUCUGAGGAUGAGAUUCCUGUAGAAGAUCCGACUCCAGACAUAUCUGAUGAUGAGAUUCCAGUAAAAGAUCCCACUCCAGGCAUACCUGGAGAUGAGAUUCCUGUAGAAGAACCCACUCCAGUUAUAUCUGAGGAUGAGAUUCCUGUAGAAGAUCCGACUCCAAACAUAUCUGGGAUGAGAUUCCUGUGUGGAGCAUUUUCUGAUAUAGUGCCAACUGAUCAGCGCCCCUGGUGGCAAACGCUAGCAAGUACCGACAGAGGGACGGAAGAUGAAUGUGUCUGUGGUAACCACUCUUCCCACCUGUCCACUCGAAUUGUUAAUGGCGAAAGAACGGAUCUAAACGAAUACCCAUUUAUGGUUCUUCUUCUCAUACAACAUAACCAAGUCACCAGUUUGUGUGGGGGAUCUCUCAUAAGUUCGGUAUACGUUUUGACAGCAGCACACUGUGUAACUUCUCGGCAUAACGGAGUCACAGUGAGUCCUGGAGAUGUCAGCAUAUCUGUAGGAGAAAAUAACGUUGAUGUCAUGUCAAUACAAAUCAACAACAUGCUAACUCCUAGUGCCGUGAUUGCACAUCCUCAGUACAAGAAAGAUCUUUUCACGAAUGAUAUAGCACUUAUUAGGCUUAAUGAAGAACUUUCACUAGAUGAAACAGUAAACACUGUGUGUCUUCCAGUGAGCCACCUCUCCUACACUGGAACAACCGCUACUGUGAUUGGAUGGGGACUAACUUCAGCAUUUGGUGAGAUCAGUAAAGAACAGCAGGAAGCAGAUAUUCGUAUCUGGGACCAACAGAAAUGUAAAAAUAAAUGGAUAACUACCGAUGUGGAGAUAGAUUCAUCAAUGAUUUGUGCUGGAGGAGACGAGACUGACUCAUGCUCGGGGGAUUCAGGAGGACCUAUGGUAAUCAAAGAAGAUGGUCGAAUCACAAUUGUAGGAAUUGUUUCAUUUGGUUUAGAAUUAUGUGCUUCAUCUGGAUGGCCAUCUGUGUACACUAGAGUUUCAAGUUUCAUGGACUGGAUAGCAGAAAAUACAAUGGACUCUCCUCCCUGUUACAAAUGAUAGUACAUCUGUUGUCAUAACAACAACAGACUGAACAGUUUUUAAAUAUUGAAUGACUCUACUUCCAACAACUGAUGAAUAAAUGACAAAAUAUCUUUGAUUGAAAAGGCUAUUUCAACAGCAACAUUAAAAACAGAAAAUAUAAGUUUAUGGAUAUUAUAUGCAGAUUACCAGGCACAACCACAUUAAAAAAAAAGUUCAUAAUUAAAUAUGCCUCUCUUCUUU